AUGCAAGACAAGGCGAAUAUCCUUCUGAUCGGCUGCGGUGGCAUCGGCACCAUCAGUGCCCUGAACCUCGAGACAGGUGGCAAGGUCGCAGUCACGGCCGUCCUGCGAUUGAACUAUGAGCACGUCAAAGCUCACGGCUUCUCCAUCAAAUCCGUCGACCACGGCGAGGUCGAGGAAUUCCGCCCCUCCACCCUACGCAAGACCAUCCCCGAUGUCAAGGAAGAGAACCUCCCGCCCUACCGAUACAUCAUCGUCACAGCCAAGAACUACCCCGAUGUGCCCCCGACCGUAGCGGAGCUCAUCCAGCCCGCCGUCACGCCAGGCUACACAAGGAUUGUUCUGAUCCAAAACGGACUGAACAUCGAGAAACCCCUGAUCGCCGCAUUCCCCUCCAACAUCGUGCUGUCGGGCGUCAGUUUCUGCGGAUCACACGAGGUCGCGACAGGGAAGAUCAUACACGAGGACGACGACGAGCUAUACGUGGGCGCCUUCCGGAACCCGCAGCUCAACAGCACCGAGGAAGACGAAGCGGCGCAAGAAUUCUGCGCGAUCUACGGCGCUGGCGGGAAAUGCAAGCCCGAGUUCAACGCCAACGUGGGCUUCAGUCGCUGGCGCAAGCUGCUGUACAACGCGUGUCUGAACUCCAUCUGCGCCAUCACGGACCUGGACACGGGACAGAUCCAGCUGGCCGACGGGGCCAUUGAUGAUCUGGUCCGCCCGGCUAUGGAGGAGAUCCGUGCGGCUGCGAAGGCGUGUGGUCAUGAUCUGCCGGCUGAGCUGGUAGAUGUGCGGAAGGGGCGGUUUACUGAGUAUGAGAAUAUUGUCGGGGAGGCGCUAAAGGAGGGGAAGGCCAGGGGGGUGCCCAUGCCGACGUUGGCGGUGCUGUAUGGGAUCCUGAGCGCGAUUCAGUGGCGUACGAAGGACAGGAAGGGGCUUGUGGAGAUUCCGGCGGCGGAGGAUCAUACCGUUAAGACGUAA